CCCCGAGUUUUUGCUUUCGUUUAUUUUUCAUCGGGCAUUCCUUUGUGGCCUUCAUAUUCGUUUCAUUCGCUCUUCAUUAUUGAUGCCGUCAGAAAAAAAUCUAAAAUCGGAUAGUUUUAUAUAUAUAAAGGGAAAAUAUGGAGGUUCAAAUAAAACAAGAAGCUGAUAGCGAUGAUGAAGGCCCUUAUCCCACACCAGUUGCACCAAAUAUUCAAAUGGUGGUAAAGAAAGAAAAGCUAAUUAUCGUGGAUACUUGUGAAAGCCCAGAUCCCACACCAGUUGCACCAAAUAUUCAAAUGGUGGUAAAGAAAGAAGAGCUAAUUAUCGAGGAUACUUGUGAAAGCCCAGACCAGGAAAAAGAGUAUCAUGUAGACGGAUUUUCCAUACACUUUAUGGAUGGGGAUGAUGGUGGUGGAAUGGAUCAUGACAAUGAUGAUUAUUCUAAUGAAUGUAGCGACAACGAUGUUGCUUUGUUGGAAGAUGCUAGCAACGAUUUAAACGCAUCAUCUCCAUCGGAAGAUGAAGCCGUCGAACAGAAAAGUGGACCUAAAAAAAGACAAAGACGAAAGAAAAAACAAUCAGAAAUUUAUGUAAAAGUUGUAAAUUUACUUCAUCAAAACUCGAUACGCAUACUAUGUCCCAUAUGCAAGGUGUCGGUACAAAGAUUCGGUAUGUGGUCAAAACACAUAACUCACUAUCAUUCCCAAUUUGCUGAAGAGAUUAAAAGUAACUAUGAAUAUUUAUCCAUUCGAACGGCCACUUGUAAAAUUUGCAGUUUGACGUUGACGUCUCAUGCCAAUCAUUUCCUACAUUACCUUAGUAGUCACAGUUCGGAAAACAAUGUACUAUUUGUCUGUAAGGUCUGUAAACUGCGAGUAGUUGAUUUUACGACCAUAGUGGAACACAUGAAUGAAAACCAUAAAAAGUUAAAGGUUACCUUUACAUAUUGUCCGAUUCCGGAGUGCAAUAUACAGUUUUCGGAAAAAAUGCUAAUGAAACUACAUUUUAUGGAUAUUCACAAUAGCGAAUUUAAAACCAAGUUUGGGUUUUUCAUUUGUGCCCUAUGCAAUCAUCCCAAAUUCGAUAAGGAAAAUCAAUUUUUUGAUCACCUAAUGAAUUUACAUGGAUUGUGUGAUUAUAACUGGAAGCUGUUGCAUUUUUCACAAGUCUGCUUGAAUGGAGAGAAACAGUUUGAAUGUCACGAGUGUUCUCAAAAAUUUGUAGAUACAGGAGGACAGAAACUGCUGGAACAUUAUCUGUCCCAUAAAGAAGAAUUUGUUUGGUUCUGUAGAUACUGUCAAUUGAAAUUAACAUUUAAGGACACCCUGCACUUUUGUACUCAAAUGUACAUACAUUUUUCGAAUGUUAGAAAUCAGCCAUCAUCAUCUUCCAACAUUCCGCCUCCAACAAUACUUUCAACACUAGACAUUCCUGCCUACGAAACAACAGAAUGGAAAGCAUUCGAAGCAUACAUAAUGCAUGUAUGUCCAUUUUGUGGGAACGAUUUCAAAACCUUUACAUCGUGGCAAUUGCACCUAAGGCAAACGCAUCUUAUUAACUCAUUAAAGAGCUUACGCCUAUCAAUUAUGGAAAGUGAUUCCAAUAAAUAUGUUUGCAUCGAUUGUGGUACAGGAGUAGGAAAAUCAUCAAAGGACAUACAUACGCAUCGUUUCCAACAUUUACCCCAUUUUCCAUAUACGUGUCUGAAGUGUGCGGAAUGUUUUCGAGAUUUGGAGACGGCCGUUGAACAUUUUCAAAAGCAAUGCGGAGAUGACGAUAGUAGCAGUUUGCAGGAUGACUAUAAAUCGAUGAAGAUACCAAAAUUGUGUGAUGACGAAUUGAAUUGGAUUGAGAUAAUUUGUUCAAUGUGCAAGAAAAUAAAACGUUUCCCCGCCAAGGAAGAUAUUGAAAAGCAUUUCCGUGAUAAUCACAACAAUUUUAUAUCUCAAUUCAAUAAAAGUGCAAACAAUAUCGAUAUGGUUUGUAGGAAGUGUAAAACUACAAUACGCAGCGUCAGUAAUGAAAUAUGUCUAAAUCAUUACAUAAAGCAUAUAGGUGAUGGACCCUACAGGUGUUUGAUGUGUCAACGUUCCUAUACAGGCAUAGAUAUAUGCCGAAGACAUGUACGUAGAUUUCACAGUAUGGGUAUUCGUGUGAAGAGGUCAUUGCAGCCGGACAACUCUGACAUGGCAGAAAAUAUCAUGAAAGGUGUAAAACGAAGGCUUAUUACAUCGGGAAGGACAUCUACCACACCAACCAACUCUGGAAGCGGCAACCAACAGGAUACCAUUAACAACGGCCUGGGUACACUCUCUAGCAAGUCAAUAAUUUUAAAUGAGUUUGUAAGUUUUAUUGGUUUUGCCUGUCCUGAAUGUAAUCAAUUGUUUGAUACACAUACCGCCUGGAAUGAACACAUUAGCAAAGAGCACACAUUCUUUAACCUAUCCGAGCUGUCCGAAUACGAUGUCGCGUCGGGUAGGCAUAAAUGCCUGCAGUGUAGUCUAUUGCUUGAUAGUACUAUGUCGCAUCGGCAAAAACACAAGCUAACCCAUAUGCCGCAUAGAGCAUUUAUUUGUACGCUAUGUGAGUCGCGUUGCAACUCGCUGGGCUUAAUUUAUGGCCACUUGCGUCGUAAUCACUUUCGCAAGGGGACCUUUGAAUGUCCCAUAUGUUUGGUCAAUCUGACUACAUCCUAUGAACGAUCGGUGCAUGUUAAACGGGCUCAUCCACGCUCCGAAUGGCCAGAAACUAUGUGUUCGAUAUGCUAUCGAAAGUAUAGUUCAUUGGCGUCGCAUAUGUUAAGCCAUGAUAUUAAUAGACCAAAAAACAUUUGCCCAGUCUGUGGUACUGGUAUCGUAACCAUAAGUGAUUUAAAAAAACAUAUAAUUAAUAAACACCAUGUAGACGAUCCAUCGGAAAUUCUUGCCAAGGCUAAUUUGGUUUCUUCUCGUGUAGCAGCAUCGAAGGCGAUCAAAUUGGAGGAAGUUGAAACAACCGAUACAAGUUCGGAAAUAUCUGAUGGUGGUUGUAAUAGUCAUCAACCGACUGUAUCGAAUGAAAUCUAGACUAAUAAAGUAUGAAUAUAAGUAUUUUAGAUGAAUCUUAAAUAUAAUGUGUGUACGCCU